CCGAGGCUCUGCACAUCCGAUCGUCUGCCUUCCAAGCCUCCAAACCUUCCAAGCAUUGCAAUUUGGCAAAGUCUGGCUGGGCCUUGCACGCACCGUAUCCCUCUGGCGUACUAUCGCCCAUAUGGUCAUCUACAAGGCCAUGGCACAAUAACCGCAGCCACCACCUUCAGUCUCUAGCCUUCAGAAGCUACAAAGCUCCGCUAGCUUAGCCCAGCAUGUCCUCCUCGUCUUCCGUCACAGAGAAGCUGCCUUCCGCCGAAGAAGUCGCCAAGGAUGUCGCCGUCGUCGCCAAAAAGUCGUUCUCGAGCUUACGAGACCUUGUGGCAGGCGGCGUGGGUGGUGUAUUCGCCGUGGUCGUAGGACAUCCAUUCGAUCUGGUCAAAGUGCGGUUACAGACGGCGGAGAAGGGGGUGUACACAGGGGCGAUGGACGUGGUGAGGAAGACGAUUGCACGUGAGGGACCUGUACGCGGACUCUAUGCCGGUGUAUCAGCGCCACUGGUGGGUGUGACUCCCAUGUUCGCUGUGAGCUUUUGGGGUUACGGCGUGGGCAAGCAGCUCGUCGAAUCCGUCAGCGAAGUCAAGGAUGGCCAGUACUCGGUCGCGCAAGUCUCGGCAGCAGGCUUCUUCUCCGCCAUUCCCAUGACUCUCAUCACUGCGCCCUUCGAGCGUGUGAAGAUUAUCCUACAAAUACAGGGGCAGAAGCAAUUAGCGCCCGGCGAGAAACCACGCUACAACGGCGGAGUGGACGUUGUCCGACAACUCUACAAAGAAGGCGGCAUUCGUUCCGUCUACAAAGGCUCCCUGAUGACGCUGGCGCGAGACGGACCAGGCUCAGCAGCAUACUUCGCGACAUACGAAAUCAUUAAGCGUCGACUAACACCCAAAGACGCAGACGGCAAGCCCGGCAAACUGAGCUUGACAGCCGUUUGCGCGGCUGGUGGUGCCGCAGGUGUCGCAAUGUGGAUCCCUGUUUUCCCGGUCGACACAGUCAAGAGCCGGUUGCAAUCCGCAGAAGGCAACCUCAGCAUCAUGGGCACAGUACGAGAGCUCUACGGUAAAGGCGGUGUUCGAGCGUUCUUUCCCGGGUUUGGACCCGCGAUGGCUAGAGCUGUGCCUGCAAACGCCGCAACGUUCUUAGGCGUGGAGCUGGCGCAUGCAGCGAUGAAUCAGGUUCUCGGAUGAUUGUACAAUAUUGGGUGAUGUACAGACUUCUUUUGUUACAAGAGCCACUUUUGGCGGCAGAGAUUACCGAUCAUUCAGCCAUGAGUGCUGCGAUGGCUGUCAGUAUGAGUAAGACCGUUCCUGCGCUCGGGGAAGCCUCACCGCGUUCUCAAUAUCAUGCCUUCGGUGCGGAUCCGGUGGAAGACCUUCGGUCAGGUAAUCGUACAUGUGUGAACUCUGGCUUGGUUUUCGUGCAAUAUGCUUCGUAGCAUUAGAGGUGUACGAGUUAUGCAGCUCCUUGGACU